AUGGCUCCGAUAUUAUCUCUGAAGCCUCUGCUUUUGGUCACAGCCAUAGUUGCUGCAAUGUGCCAAGGUGGCGAGACAGGUCUUCUUCCUCCAAAAACAACAGUCCAAAUCAUCAAUACCUUGCCUAAGCACGAGGACUUGACACUUCAUUGCAAAGACAAGCAUCAUGAUCUUGGGGAGCACACUCUGAAAUUCGAAGAGUCGUUUGAAUUCAGAUUCAGGCCAAAUCUUAUGAUGAAUUCGACUCUUUAUUUCUGUAGUUUUUGGUGGCAAUCAGGAGAACCUCGUUACUUUGACAUAUACAAACAGGAACGAGACAAGUGCAAGGUGUGUACUUGGAAAGUAACUGAGUAUGGUCCUUGCUUGUUCGGCGUUUGCUAUCCCUGGAAUAAGUCUCAACCGCGGUCAACGCUUGUUCCUGAUAACCUUGACCGUGUUAUUACAUCAAAUGCCAAAAUUACCCGAUCUCGUCCCUGA